UUUUAAAGUAAGGAAUAUUCAUUGAGCAUUCGUUUUGUAGUAUCUUAUAUACUUUCAAACUCUUUAACGAAACACAAAAAUUCAUACAUUUCAAAAAUGUUGAGGAGAUAUUUAAUACCCAAUGGAACAGAUAGAACCUAAUGUUUUCAUAACUCUCUCUCUCUCUCUCUCUCUCUCUCUCUCUCUCUCUCUCAUUGAUAUCUACAUUUCCCCCCAUGUCAGGUGACUUCACGCGGAUUAACUGAUUAACUUAUGUACCUGAAGUUAUUUCCUAUCAGUAUUCUAUUCCCUAGAUCGUCAAGAAUUAACAAAUUAAAAGAUCAAAUCGAUUUAAAAAAUCGACUCGGUGAAAUAAUAAACAUGGACAUUCGUUUCACAAUAUCAAAUUGGUAAAUUCGAAAUAUCCUUCAUUUUUUUGAGAAUUCAAAAAUAUAUAUGCAUUAAAAGUUUAGAUGCUACACGGACGAUGCAUCUUUCUGCCGAUCUGAUAAAUAGAUAAGUGUUAUUAAUCGAUCGGUAUUUGCUAUUGAUACAAUGGUUUAACACCUAAUGAAGUAUUUCGCAAUGACCAUAACAUUAAUCAAUAAGAAUAGACUUGUUUAGCACACAUGGUGUGUACCCCUUUAACACGUUAAACAAAUAGUGUGCUUUAAUUAUAUUGUGACGCCACGGAACCUCGGUACUUUACAUCCCGGUGUUAAGUGACGCGGGAAGGGAAAAUGGAUGUUUUACUGCAGACAAGUGUUCCCCGGCGGACGAUCGACAGAAUCAUGUUUGUCUACCUAUUGCUGUUAGUCCACAACGUCAUGUUCUAUUUGUAUUUUAUUGUGUUUCCAUGGCAAAGGGAGAAUUCCGGAACCAGUGACUUAACUAUUUAUCUGUAUGGGGCGUGGACCUUAUUUCUUUACGUGAAUAUUAUGGGGGGUACGUGGAAGGUGAUUCUGACCAACACUUCUACGGCGGGGGUGGUACUGCCUACCAUGAUCAAGCCAGGCUGGACAUACUGUUAUGGCUGUCAGACCAACGCGCCACCUAGAUCUUACCACUGUGCAAUCUGUAACCGCUGUGUGCUCAAGCGUGACCAUCACUGCAUUUACACGGGCCGCUGUAUAGGUUACUUUAACUACCGUUACUACCUGACAAUUUUGUUCUAUUCACUAUUGCUCGCCAUAUUUACUUCCAGUAUAAGUCUAAGUCUCGCUUGGGAAAUGCUCGGAGAUUUCUCAGUCUAUAAUAUACUGGGGUUCAUUUUCCCUAUCGUUAUGUUUUUCUUGGGAAUUUUCAACUUCUACAAGGCAUAUACAGUAUUCAUGUCCUUCAUUGUCACCCUGUUUUCAUUGAUGUUGACUAUUUUGGCCAUCUGGCACACUAAAAACGUCUGUCAUAACAUGACGACGUACGAACGGCGACGAGGGAUAUUCACGUAUGACCUUGGACUGCGAGAAAAUCUAAGACAAAUUUUAGGAAAGAAAUGGCGUGUGUCUUGGAUUAGUCCGUUCAUUCCGUCACCACUUCCGGGAGAUGGUUUAGAGUUUCCGACUAAAGGCAGCUACGAAAGUCCGAAGGAUCUGUGAUACACAUGGGAUAGGGAAAUGUCGAUGACUAUGGUUAUCUAUUAAUAGAGCUUGCAUGUCUUUUUUGUCUUGUUAUCUAUCAAAUGAAAUACAUAUCAAGAACUUCAGUUAAAGUACCCUGUCUUGGUGUAGCCUUUUAAUAAAAAACAACAAUAGAAA